AUGGUGUAUUUUUUUGAAUCUAAACACGAUGAAUAUAGUGCACCUCAUAUGAUAGUAACUGGAAAGGAUAAGUUUGAAAAUGAUUUCUUAAUAAAAUAUGGUUUCAAAGAAUUGGAAUACAUCUGGUUUCAUGCAGAUAGCUAUUCUAGUGGCCAUAUUUAUUUGCAAUUAACCAAUGGCGAAAAGUCUUUAGAUGAUGUCCCCGAUGGUGUAAUUAACGAUUGUCUACAACUUUGUAAAGCAUCAUCUAUUGCUGGUAAUAAGUUACCAGAAUGUACUAUCUUAAUCACUCCAUGGACAAACUUGAGAAAGAAUAAGUAUAUGAAUCCCGGGGAAGUAUCUUUCAAAACACUUAAAAAUUGCAAAAGACGGAAAUGUUUUAGUAGAGAUAAUAAGAUUAUUAAUAGACUGACAAAGACAAGGGUUGAAAUGGCAGAGAAUGUAGAAGAGACCUUACACGACGCCAAAAAGAGUAAAGAUGGAUUUUAUUUCAACAAAUAUCUUGCUGCGAAUAACCAAAGAUUAAUUGAAGAAGAAAUACAAAGACAAAGAUUAAAAAAAGAAAAAAAGAAACAGCAAAAAAAGAAGAAUCCCCAAAAACAGGGGGAUGUUGAUGUCGAACUUGAAAAAGAUGUGGAAACUGUGACGAAAAUAUGA